CAUUCGAGUGUCAGAUUGUUGGCAGCAAAUAAGGACUUUCUAGUAAAACUCCGGAAGAAAGCAGGUUAUUCGUUUAUGAACUGCAAAAAGGCAUUGGAGAAGUUCAGCAAUGAUCUAAAACAAGUACGACGUGACCCUCCGAUCACCAGAUCAACUUAAUAAAGAAAUAAACUUGGCAAAGAUUAAAUUAAAUCUGAUAAAGUAAAUAAAGCAAUGUGAAUUUGGACUCUGCCCAAUCACCAGUUGAAAUGUUGAAUUUAAUAUAAAAUAACAUUUGUCAAAGGAAAAAUCACAAUACCACAUCCUAGUGAUAAAAAUCUGUUAAAGCACAUACAUAUAAUACGCUCAAACAUGCACUUAGGAGCAAUUGAGGACAUGCCCAGAGAGCACUAUCCUGAAUGAAUGAGGUGUGUUCAUCACCGCUAGGGGGCACGUGAUCCACUGACUCUGUGUCUGUGCACUGACAGGGCGAUACUGUAAAUAGGAAACAUGUUUGACCCAUGCGAGGCGCCGUAGAGGUCCGGCAUUUGUUUGAGUUUUUACAAAUUUGUUAAAUUCUCCAACAAUCAUUAGAUCCUUAAUGAUAUUGAUUAAAAAAAAAAAAACAUGUUGCAACCAUUUAUUAUUAAAAUUAAAAAAACAACAACUUACCGUUGCGUCAAUAGCGUGCUGCCGAUGGCAGUCUGACGUCAUCACCGUGCGCCCUGUCAUUCAUCGCAUGGUGCGCUCAGGAUGGCUGCACUGUCUGGGGCGCUGCGGGCCAAGGUGAGCCUGAGACCGGAAACACAAAACCAAGACCCAGAGUGACCGAGCUGCCGGGAGCUAGAGCCAUUGGUCACUGUGUAAUAAUGCAGAGUGAGCUGGGAGGGGGGGGAUCUGGGAAACCUGGGUGUUAAGGUUAUAACACAGCACUGGGAUAUUCUCUAUGUAAUAUUUUUUUUUUUAAUUUUUUUUAUUCUGACAGCUCCAAUUAUGGCAGCAGGCUGGACUCUUUCAUUCGGGUGUCAGAUUGUUGGCAGCAAAUAAGGACCUUCUAGUAAAACUCCGGAAGAAAACAGGUUAUUCGUUUAUGAACUGCAAAAAGGCAUUGGAGAAGUUCAGCAAUGAUCUAAAACAAGUAUGACGUGACCCUGUGAUCAUUAGAUCAACUUAACCCAUUAAGGGCACAUGACAUGUGUGACAUGUCAUGAUUCCCUUUUAUUCCAGAAGUUUGGUCCUUACUUAAGGGGUUAAAGAAAUCAACAAGCGGGGAAUUCAUCAUGGAAGAACACAUUUUAAAAAUAUUGUUAUGAUUAUCCUUUUAGCUUAAUUUAAAAUUGUAAGAGGUAUUUUGUUUAAACUGCUAGUAAACAGAUUGCACAUAGUGUUUAUUGAUGGAUAAUGACUACCUGGACAGUUUCCAUGACUGUCUCUGUCUCUCUCACCCCAAGGCAGAAACAUGGCUGCAUCAGCAGGCUCAGAAAGAAGGAUGGAACAAGGCAUCCAAAUUGCAAGGAAGAAAGACUGCAGAGGGACUUGUGGGACUGUUGCAAGAAGGAAACACAGCAGUGAUGGUUGAAGUGAGUAUACGUAUGAAACCAUUCCAAGCUGUCAUAAUCUUGUGGCUUUAUGUAGUUUAUCAUUUUGUUAUAUGGGAAGUUGCAUAGUUUUAUAAAUAACAUGACCGUUUCUUGACUAGUUUAGCUGUAAUUCUAAACUCGUUCAUUCAUUUUAAAUAUUAGUACCUCUUAUUAAAGGGACACUGUAGGCACCCAGACCACUUCAACUCAUUGAGGUGGUCUGGGUAUAGUGUCCCUUUUGCACCUAGUGCUGCAAAGUUCCAGAGAAACUGCAAUGUUUACAUUGCAGCUCUAAGUCUGUCCUAGACAGCCACUAGAGGGCUUCCUGAAUCGUAAGGGACAUUUGGUUCGUUAUCUGACGCUGACAUCCUCAUGCUCUGCAUGAGGACAUCCAGUGUAAGAUUCUUCCCCAGCGGAAAGCAUUAAUUAAAUGCUUUCUUAGGCGGAGGUCUAAUACAUUGGCACCCACUUGUCACGGGACGGAGGAAAAGGUGGAGCAUCGUCCCAACGCUGAGGGACAUCAGCACUGGAAAAAAGGUAAGUAAAUAAAGGGUUUUUAACUUUUUAUUUUCCUGGGUGGGGGCGCGCAAGGGAGGCGGUAGGCAGAGGGAGCUAUAGUGCCAGGAAUACAGCUUGUAUUCCUGGCACUUAUAGUAUCCCUUUAAUAUCACGUUGUCAAUUUGUGUUUGUUGAAAGAUUGUCAACUCUGUGAGGUUAUAUUAAGUUUCUGCAUAUUUUGUUGUGCCUGAAUAUGUUUAUUUUUGUAUUUAGUAGAGGGGUGGUUUCACAACAUCUCAUAGAUUUCAAGUGAAAAAGUUGAGUCUUUGGGGUUCACUCUCUCUCAAUAGUAUGCUGUAUUUAAUUGAGAACUGAAUUGGCAAAAUUAAAGGGGUACACCAGGUACCAGUACAACUUUAAUGUAAAUUAUAACAUGGCUGCAGACUGUCAGAAAAACCACAAACCAGUUUUGAUAUCCUUACUAUAUGUCUCCCUUGAUGUCCUCUCCUCCUAAUGCAGGUUGCUUAGUUCAUAUCACUCUGUGCUGCUUGUGGUUCAGCUGUGUUCAUACAUUUUCACAAACUCUUUCUGGAGUGAGUGGGUGUGGCUAAGCAGGUAGACUUAUUGUGCAGCAUUCUGCAAAGUGUUAUUUUGGAGUGCUUAAACUAUAAUGAUUUAUGCCAAAGAAAAUACAAAAUAGAGCAUAUUAAUGAAGGUAAAACCUGCAAAUGCAUUAUUGGUGUUUGGAGUGUCCCUUAAAAUGGCAUUGUCAUCGUGGCAGGUCUUUGCAGAAUUUGCAAAGUCCCCCAACAGUGACAUCGCCGCUGGUGGUCAAUGUGAGAUUACUUACCUGAACCUUGCCCUGCUCAGUAGCAGACAUCUCUGUUGUACGAGGCUGCAGGAUCCUCCAUAGACACAGCCAAUUCCCUGCUGCCGACACUGAGGGGGCUUGAUACAUAGACUCCACCCUGAAUUUAAAAAAGUCAGGAGACGGAGAAAUACAGAGGAAAAAAAUAGUCCUUAAUUUGUCUCUUCAUAUCUCUUGACUGGGUUGGAAUUUCAGUGACCGUGCUGCUUUUAGUAGUCUUACAAUCUACUGCACUUCAGUGUUCAGUACAUAAACCUUAAUAGGUGACUUUAUUCAGCCUCCAUGUUUACCAUUAUUUUGAUCAUUGCUGCUUAUCUUACUGGAGCCCAUGCAAGGUAGAGUGUAUAUAUUUUUAAUACGUUCAUGUAAACUAAUACAGUGUGCAUUUUUUUUUUUUUUUAAAUUCUUUAUUUUAUUGAGGCAUGUGCUUAUGGUGGUACAGAAAAAAGAGAGGGAGACUUGCAAGAGUUGUACAGAUUAGGGUCACUAUAACAGAUUACAGAAAUCUCCUAGGAUUAUCAACCUCAUUUUAUAUUAUAUUAACAAGCUUAGACCAUAGGUGGAUAACAGGUAUAGUAUUUGCUAGACAAUGCGCAUUUCCUGAUAAUAAAGGCUCCUAUAUAAGAUUACAUUCAGGUACCAUAUUCUGUUUACUGUUUACUUAGCGUGAUAAUGAACUACGUAUGCGAUCUGACAGUAUAGUAGUUUAGUUGAGAGUUAAUCCUAUCUGUCAGGUGGAUGUUACAGCUUAUGAGGUACUAAUAUAGAAUUACAUACUGACAUUUUGGUGAGACAAAAAUUUCUCAGGCUUAGCUAAGGUAGGUACUUGGAUAUUUGGAUAUAGUACCACCAGGCAUAGUUUAGCAUACUGGGUAGACAACAAUAGGCAGAAGAAUAAAAAUAAUAUUUACUAUAACAGUAACUGCGGUAUUAACAGCAGGGAUGUCCGAGUAACAGUAAAUGCAGCCAAAGUAAUCUCUUAUUGAGGCUGUCGGGGACAGUUUCCGACUGUGUCUUUGGUGCAAUUCGUCGUGAGAAGCUGGAGUCACCGCUGGCUCUGACAAUGUGGAAGGUGUGAAAAGGUAGCUGUAGGGUACCCACGAGGUUCACUGAGUCUCUCAGUCCCGCACAGGGUCUGCAGAUUGCCGUUGACAGACUUUCCGGUCAUUAGGUGGGUAUGCGCUCGGUGCUUUUCAAGCCACAAUGUCCAGGUGCGGGCUGCAUUUAGGUGAGCUGGUGUUUGAAGAUGGCCUCUCUGAGCACUCCUCCAGUGUUGAUCUCGAGCCUCAGUUGUGGAAAGUGCUGGUAAGGCGUGCUUAGAUGGAGCAGGUACUGAGCCUGUUUCAGAGGAUUGCCACUUCAGUGUAAGUGCCCGUCUGCGGUCGUAUUCCAGAUGUGUUUACAGCUUGGGUUAUGUGGUUUGCUGGCUCUUCUUCAGCGCGCCAUAAGGGGUUCAUCCUCUCCUGCUCUGCCAUUAGGGUAAUUGCGCCGCCGUCGGCCAUUUUAAGGAGGCCGCGUGGGAGCCGCUUUCGGUGUCGAGUCACCCAGCAGCGAUGCAGAUGUUUGCUUGCCUGCCUGGUGGGGACCGGGAUGACCCCCGCCGGUCCAAAGGGGGGGGUGAACGAGGCCGGGGAGGGUGUCAGCUUUAGUGUAGUGUCGCAUUAGCCGUGGCAGAAAGCGGGGCAGCGGCCGUCCGCCCCACUCCCCUCCCGAGUAGGCCUCAGUCCCCAAGCCCCAGAGCAUCUCUCCAGGACCCAGAAUCACCUGUAUCAGGCGUUCUAGCUGCACCGGGACACUCCAGGACUUGAUGCCACAAACUUCCAGGGUAUUCCAGGCAGAAUAAGGUAGGUAUUUGCUCAAAAUUAGUUGGAUUCCUCAGGAGCCAUAGUGACCUGCAGCCUGCUAGCAUGGCCGCCCGGCCCCGCCCCCUACAGUGUGCAUUUUUAAUGUGCAGGUUUUAUAAUUAUUGGAGUUGUAGUUUAAUAGAUGGAUAGAUAUCUGCCUGUAACAUGCAUUGUUUUAUUUUCUGGCCGUUGUUUUAAUAUUUCUUAGGUAUUAGUUAGGUAUUAUUUCUGUGUAGAUACAUGUUAAUGUAAUGUACCCAUGUUCAAGAAUUUUGUUACACAACGGAAUGUUUAAUUACACACUAGUAAUUUACAAAGAUGUGUUUUUUUUGUUUUUUUUUAAAGGUUAAUUGUGAAACAGAUUUUGUUGCCAGAAAUGUGAAGUUUCAGCAGUUAGUUCAACAAGUGGCAUUGGGGGCGCUGAGACAAUGCCAAAGAGAUGAUCAGAGCUUGUCCUCAUUCAUGAAGGUAAGUGCUGUGGUACCACAUACAUAAGCCUCAAGUCAUACUAAUGAGUCUUCUGAUUACACACGAAUGCAAUAAUAACAUUUGGUUCCAGCAAACUUAGUGCAGUAAAGCACAUUGUUGAUGUGUGUGUCUAUAGAUUAUUCAUUUCCAGCCAGUCUUCAGGGCAUACCAGUGGUCCAGGUUUUGUUGAUAUCAACAUAGGCACAGAAGGGUAAUCGCAUAAUCCUGGAUGUUUUGUGUGCUUUUAGAUCUGGGUUAGGAAACCCUACAAGAAAAAAAUAUUAAAAUAAUAUGUAGAUAAAAUCUUACUAUCCUGCCUUCUGGAAGUUACCAAGCUUAAAUUCAGUUUGUAAAUCUAAAAUUAGUCCAUAUAAUGUUUUUAAAUAUUGGAUGUGUGUGUGCGUGUGUGUAUACUUCCUUUUAAGAAUUUGUGUGUUAUUUUAUAACCAUGGAUCUCUUUAUUAUUCCUGAUAUUCUCAGCCAAUGGCUCAAUAGUCAGCAAGUAGAGCAAUGGUGAGAGGGGACAACCCUGUCGGGUACCAUUUCUAAGUUGGAACCAUGGGGCGACUAUAUUAGGUCCAAUAGUUCGUGCAACAGGAUUUACAUAUAGUGCCAUUAUAGCUUUCUUAAUCCAACCUUCCAAUCCAUAAUGUUGUAAAACGGCUUCUAAAUAUUUCCAGCUGACUCUGUCGAAUGCUUUUUCAGCAUCAAUCGACAGAGUCAGAACUGGAACAUCAUAUCUAUUUGCAUCAUCCAAGAUAUUAAUAAUUUUCCUUAUACUUGUAUAGGAAUUUCUACCUGGAACAUAUCCUAUUUGAUCUUUAUGGAUGAUUAGUGGAAGAAGUUUUUUUAUUCUAGCAGCCAAAACUGAAGCGUAUAACUUAGUGUCAACAUCUAUUAGAGAUAUCGGACGGUAGUUUUUGAUAUCAGUGGGGUUUUUAUCAUUUUUUAGAAUAGGCAAGAUAUUAGCUUUUAGCAUCUCUGCUGGUAAAAAUCCUCUGUUUGCCGCUAUGUUAAAAGCAGAGGUCAAAUGUGGACAUAUUAAAUCUUUAAAUGUUUUAUAAAAUAGGUUGCUAAACCCAUCCGGGCCUGGUGUUUUAGAUCUUUCUAAAUCAUUUAUUGCUUUCAUAGUCUCCUCCAUAGUUAUAGGUUUAUUUAAGAAAUCAUUUUCAAUAGAAGUUAAUUGAGGCUUCUUUAUAUUAUUUAAAUAGUUUUUAAUAUCCUCAUCUGUAUUAAUCUGAGGAAUAUUGUAUAGAUUGGAAUAAUAUUCAUUAAAACACUUUCCAAUCUCUCUGGGGGUUAGUGCUAUUUUUCCAUUCUGUAUUAUUUUGUCUACCUUAUUUUGUACUUUUUGUUUUCUAAGUUUUUGGGAUAGCAUCUUUUCAGCUCGAUUGCCUUUGGAAUAAUAUUUAAAUUUUAGUCUAACCAUAUUUUUAGCUAUCGUGUCCAUUAAUUUUUGCUUUAUUUUUUCUUUAAGUUCUAAUAUUUUUUCAUAAAUUUCAGAAGAUGGAGAUUGUUUAUUGAUAUUAGUCAAAUCUCUUAAUUUUGUAUGUAAAAAUGCCAAAGUAUUAUUUUUAUCAAGUUGGCUUUGUAACUUGAUAAUAUGACCUCUUAUAACGGCCUUAAAGGCACACCACAAAAUAGAUGAAUCAAUAUUUUCUGAGAUAUUUUCUUUAAAAUAAUUUUUUAUAUUAUCUCUUAUAUGAGUUUUUUUUAAUUCACAACAAAGCAAAUUAUCUCUUAACCGCCAAGUAUAAGCUUCUCUUUUAAAUGUACUAAAAAUCAUUUCACAAAAAACUCCAUCGUGAUCUGUCCAUACUAUCUCGUCAAUCUUUGUUUUUUUGGUCAUAUCAAUAAUACUUGGGUCGACCCAAAUCAUGUCUAAUCUUGAAUAGGAAAAAUGCACUUUAGAAAAAUGCGUAUAGUCUCUCUCAUUAGGAUUAAAAAUUCUCCAAAUAUCGAAUAGAUUAUAUUCAUCUUUAAUUUUUUUUAAGGCUUUUGCUUGUUUUAUAACCAUCUGAUUUAAAGUAUUUCCUUUCAUUAAUUUUUUAUCUAUCUGAGGGUCUAGUACAGCAUUGAAAUCCCCCGCCACUAUUAACUUUCCCACUUUAACUUCAUCUACUUUUUCCAGAAUUGUUUUUAAAUAAGCAACUGGUAAAUGAUUAGGAAGAUAUAUAUUACAUAAUGUAAAAAGUACAGAGUCAAUUUUGCAUAUUAUUAUUAAAUACCUGCCUUUAGUGUCUUGUAUUUGAUGAAUUACUUCAACUUUAAUCUUUUCUCCAAAUACCACAGCUACUCCACAUUUUUUUUUUCCUUAUUGGAAGCUUGAAUUAUAAGUGGAAAUCUUUUACCCCCCCAAUUUUGUUUAUCCACUUGUCUCCAGUGAGUUUCUUGUAGGAAUAUUAAAUUCAAUUGUUUUUCACUGAGGUAUUUGUACAAUAGAUUUCUUUUCGCUAUAGUAUUCAAUCCCUGAACAUUAAGUGUAAGCAUUUUUAUCAUAUUAUUUUCAAAAACCUCUCUACAUCCCUUUCCACUCGAUAACCAUUGCCCUUCCCUAUUGCUGCAUAAACAUAUCUACACAAACACAUAAAACAAAAUAUUAAAAUCAUAGGAGGAAAUCCUCCUUUUUUAUCACAAAGACUGUAAAUUUUCAUAUAGAAAUGGAUGAGGAUCAAAAAAUUAGCUUAUAUGCUGAUGACAUUUUAAUUACUCUUACAAACCCUAAAAAUUCUUUGGAACGCAUAAUGCAAGAAAUAGAGCGAUAUAGCUUCAUAUCAAACUAUAAGUUAAAUAUAAAUAAAUCCUUGAUAUUAGAUGUUAACCUAAAUAAAAGGAUACAACGAGAGAUUAAAAACAAAUAUGAUUUUAUUUGGGUUAAAGAAAGUAUGGAUUACUUAGGAAUUAAAAUAACCAGAGAGACAAAUAAGAUUAUGGAAGUAAAUUUCCUAACAUUAUUAUUAGAUCUCAAUAAAUGGUUAAAAGAUCGCAGAAACCUAGAGAUUACUUUUUUGGGGCGAAUAAACGUUAUCAAUUCAUAUGUCAUACCAAAGUGGAAUUAUAUGUUUCAAAUGUUACCUCUCCAUAUCCCAAUCCAUUGGCUUCAAUUAAUACAAAGAAGUUUUACUCAAUACAUCUGGAAAGGCAAGAAGCCGAGAUUGAAACAGUCAAUAUUAGCGCAGAAAAUAUAUAAAGGUGGACUUGAUUAUCCACUCAUAAUGAAUAACUUUAAAGCAGCUAUUACCCUACAUGUCUAUAGAAUGCAAAUGAAAGAAAAUAAAGAUGAGGGAUGGUAUAAAAUGGAAUUGAAGGCAGGAGAAGUUUCUAGCUUAGAUUGUUUAAUCUGGAAUAUAAAUAAAAUGCCAAAGAAAAAAGAAUAUGCCAGUAUUAUUUUAACUCAAUUACUGGAAAAUUGGUUAAAAAUUAAAAAAGUAAUGAAUAUAGAAAAAAAAGUUCCAAGUUAUUUAGAGUUAGAUAUUGUAGAAAAACAAGUGGAAGACUUAAACUUAAAUAAUUGGAAAAAAGUAGGGAUAACGACUUUGGACCAAUUAUUGACAGAAGGAUUAAUUAAAACCUUUGCUCAAAUAACAGAGAUACACAAUCUCCCUCCUAGAGAGGUGUUUAAUUUUUUAAGACUUAAAAGCUAUAUUAAUACACAUCUAAUAAUACCAAAAUCUAAUUUAAGCAAUUCGAUAGAUUUAUUAUUUACAUCAAAAAAAGUUAAUAAACCACUUUCUAAAGCUCUAAUACUAAUUAAAUCAAUAGCUGAAGACACAAAUCCUACUGCCAUACAGGCUUGGAAACAAGACUUGAAUAUCGAUAUAAAUCUGAAUCAAUGGGGUUCUUCAAUGAUGGAUGUUAAGAAGAAUAUACAUUCAUUAAAUUUAUUAGAAACGCACUUUAAAGUUUUAAAUAGGUGGUACUUAGUACCAGCUAAAUUGAAUAAAAUUUACCCUCUAGUAAAUCCUAUCUGUUGGAGAUGCAAUAGUAUUAGAGGCAAUUUUAGACAUAUUUGGUGGGAUUGCUAUAAAUUAAAAAAUCUCUGGUUGAAAAUGCAGCAUUUUAUAUCUAACAAUUUAAAACUCGAGUUGAUUAUCUCUCCAGAGGUAGUUCUACUUCACCUAAAUUGGCCUCAUAUGACAUAUGAAUUAAAAGCAAUCCUUAUACAUCUGUUUUUAGCGGCUAAAAUAGUAAUUGCGAGAUGGUGGAAAAGGGAUUUAGAAGUCCCCUGGAAGAAAGUUAAAACUCAACUCGAGUUUCAGAUUAGAAUGGAGCUGAUGCUAAGUAAACAAAGACUAAGCAAUAAGAUUUCUGUUUGGUUAAAGUGUAUUGAGAUGAUUGAUGUAUAAAAUAGUGUCGUUCAAUUAACAGUAGAACAAUUCCAUGAACACUGUAAAUAAUUAUGAGAUUUAUCUAAAUGAUAUUACCACUCUAUUAUGGAAGUCUUUCUGAUGUAUUUUUCUUCUCCCUCCCCUAUUUUGCUGCUGUGUUGUUUGUUUGUAUUACAAAUGUAUAUUUGUAUGAUAUUUGUAUUUGUAUGAUAUAUGUAUUUAAUGAGAUUUAAAAGAAAAAAAUUUAAAAUAAAGAUUAAAUAUUCAAAAAAAAGAAUUUGUGUGUUAUAUAUGUGUUUAAAGGGUGCUCAGUCUGCAUCAAAAUCCAGCCAAUGAGUAAAAAGUCUUGCUGUCACAAGACUCUACUUUUAGGGUCUACAUGUUAAUGACAUUUAUUUAUGCCACUCAAUUCGUGUAAUCUGAGUUGAGUGUGUCCUGUAUUUGAUAUGGGUGACAAGUGCAUGAUUUGUUGCAUAGAUUUAAACCCAGGACUGUAGAGAGAUGUCACUUGGUAAUUGAUGGGUGCAGUGUGAGCUGUAUUAAUAAGAUCUAGGUGCUCUGUGUCAUAUAAGUGACUUGACAUGUGAUGCUUAGCUCCAAGAAGCAGCCCAAAUAUGCACAUUUUUGCAGUAAGAUCAUUUUGGAGAGUGAACAAUAAUAUAUAUUUAUUUCCCUUCAGCUCCUCCUAUCCACUACAUUCUCACAACUGAAAAAUAUAUACAGUUGUAAUCAAAAUUAUUCAACCCAAAUUGCAAAUCAGGUUUAUUGUCAAAAUUUGCAGUCUUUCAGCUGUUUGCAAUAAACAAAUCAAACAAAAGCAAUUGAAAUAGCUGAACACAGUGAAUGUUUCAACUGGUUUACCCAAAUUCAACUAAAAAUGUGACUUACAAUGACUUCUCCAAACUCAAAAUUAUUCAACCCUGCUGAGUAGAAUCUCUCACAAGAACACAAAUAUGCAAAACAGGAGUUGUCUCAAGCACAUCUGAUGCAACUAUGAAGGUCUUUAUUAGUUGCACCAGGUGUGCUUGAGCUGGAAGGUUUGAACUACCUGAAUUGGCUAGGGGUAUGUUGAGGGCCAUGUUUGACUGCACAUUAGAAAUAUGACUGUCAGAAGAAUGGUCCACAAAGUUAAGAGAAGAGAUCAUUGCCCUUCACAAACAAGGAACAUGAAAGCAUAGUUUGCAAGUUCAAAAAUGAAGGAAUAGUGUUCACACUACCUGGAUGGGGCAGAAAAAGUAAGCUCCCAAUGGCUGUAACCAGAUUUCUGAGAAUGUAAGUUAUGAAAAACCCUUCAGUGACUGCAAAAGACUUGUAGCAAGACUUGAUGAUGACAGGUACUGAUGUUUCAGUGAGCACAGUAAGGCGCAUACUAAACGCAAAAGGUUUCCAUGCCAGAACUCCAAGACAUAAACCACUACUGAUCAAAAAGCACAAGAAAAAUCACCACUAUGCUCAAAAUCCUAUAAAUAAGCAACAGAUUUUGAGAUUCUGUUCUGUGGAGCGAUGAACCAAAACUGCAUCUUUUUUUGUCCAAUGGAUUAGUGGUAUGUAUGGAGGAAGAAUAGUUCAGCAUGGUGGCGGCUCGGUGAUGCCCUGGGGUUGCUUUGCAUCGUCUGGCACUGGAAACCUUCAGUAUGUGGAAGGCAAGAUGGAUUCAUUGAGAUGUCAUAAAAUUCUAUGAGAAAACGUAAUGCCGUCUGUGAGCAAGCUGAAGCUUGGGUGUCAUUGGACCCUCCAACAAGACAGUGAUCCCAAGCAUACCUACUUGAAGCAUUUGUUGCGUUGAGCAAUUUCAAUUGCUUUUGUUUGAUUUGUUCAUUGCAACAGCUGAAAGUCUGUACAUUUUGACAAUAAACCUGAUUUUCAAUAAGUUUAGUUGUAUUACAACUGUAUAUAUUUCUAUGCUUGCAUAAUAUUAAUAAUAUCACAUUUCAUUAAGCAUACAGUAAAUGUAACAAUGAUUGUCUUGCUUUCUGCUAAUUUGUAUUUCUCUGAAUUCCAUAAAAUACAAGUUGUCACUUAGUUUUCUGUCUUCAUUUUGAUUUGGACUCUAAACAUCUAUAUUUUUAUAAGAUUUUAUUUACUCCCAUUUCUAUCAUCUUCAUUUAUAUAUGAGCAUGUUUGUUUGUUUGUUUUUUUUUCUCCUUUCUUGGUUUGAUUUUGCUGUUAUACUUAUUAUUCUAUUAGAUCACCUCCAUUGUCCUUUUCCAUAUGUCAUUGUCAUAUGGGUGCAGCUUUUGACACAACUCUACAAAUUAUUUGAAUAUAGUGACCCAAUGUUUGUCAAUAUGUUACAGGGUUUUAUGGGCAGUGAAGAACUUUUACAGAUGAAAACAGAAGAGUCUUUACUGAAGGACCAGGUAGCGGUGGCAAUAGGUAAGAUGUACUUGAUUUAACCCCCUAAGAACACAUGUUUUUGUUUGGCCAUCAGAAAUGUGUUUUUGUCUUUGGAUAUCACAAAAGACACAAGCAAUUUUUUUUUCCAACUGUUUUUUUUUUUUUGUUUGUUUGUUUUGGGUUUUUUUGUUACACGUUCUUGGGUUUUUAAAGGAUCUAAUAAUUAUAUAUUCAUUGUUUAUUUUUAAAUUAGAGCGUUCCUUUAUCUGUUUAAGAUUGAUUACUAAUGAGAUGUUUAAUUGUGCUAAUUUCUCUCCUGUAAAGUAAGCUAGGGUGCUUUAGGGGACUGGAGUUUCCUUUUUUGUCUUUUCUCAUCUAACCUCCUUCCUCUCCCUUCCCCCUAUCUCCCAAGAGGUUUUAAUCAGCAUGUAUUAAAAAAUAAAAAGUUAUUAAUUCCGCUCACUAUGCCUCUUUGUCUUAUGAAGGAAAGCUUGGUGAGAAUAUGGCAUUGAAGAGAGCUGCAUGGGUGAUGGCUCCAUCAGACAUCUUCAUUGGUUCCUAUGUGCAUGGUGCUCUUCCUGUAGCACUACCAUCCUUGGCCAACAUGUCCUUUGGAAAAUAUGGGGCGCUAGUAAUAUGUCAAGCAGAUCGCAACUUCAAAGGCAAUCUCUCUGAACUUGGUCGCAGGAUGGGCCAGCACGUAGUUGGCAUGAGUCCUCUGUCAUUGGGAUCCAUAGAAGAUGAGUCAAGUGGUGAUAUGGAGACCAGAAUGUUGUCCCAGCCCUAUCUCUUGGAGCCCAGCGUAACAGUGGGGCAGUAUAUACAGCCACGAGGUAUACACGUGCUGGACUUUGUACGAUUUGAAUGUGGAGAAGAAACAGAAGCUGCUGAAGCAAGCUAGUUAUAACUAAAGUAUCUACAAGAUCUACAUAGUUGUUGAAUUAACAGAUUUUCUUUUUUACUCUGCAUUGCAAAAUAAAUCAAAACUGAAAUAUAAUCAUAUCUAGUAAGAGUGAUAUAUAAUUUUAGAACUCCCCCUUUUUAUUUUU